AUGAAUAAUAGAGUUAUGUGCCAAGGUUUCGCGGUGAAGGUGGAGGACACCACCUUGAUUCUGCACCUGGAGGCAGCUAGAGCGCGACUGCAGGGACUCUCGGGGACAGGGGACGGGGUACCGGGACAGUCAGGGGCACCGUGGGGACAGCAGCAGCAGCAGGGUGGGCUCGGUCGAGGGGCUGGUGGGCAGGAGGGCCGAGAGGGGCAGGAUGGGCUGGCUAGUGGGGGAGAGGAGGGGGGACAGCAGCAGCAGCGGCAGCAGCAGCAGCAGCAACAGCAGCAGCUAGGCCAGCAGGGGUAG